CUGCGAUGUAGAUGGUGUCACAUAGUAGUGUGUGGCAAAGUCGCUUAGACGCUGCCGGUACUGUACAUUCGGCUACGCGCCCGCGUACAUCACGUGAGUCCUCCGCUGCCUCCUGCCCUCCCAUCAGUCGUAGUUGAAGCGGCGUCCCCCGUCGAAGCGAAAGCCGUACGCGGCCGCGUUCUUGGCGUCGACCAGCGCCGGGUGGCGGUGCUUGUAGAAGGUGGCGUGGCCAUGCGGCGCCCGCACCGACUCGCUGCCGUCGUCCUCUUCGUCGCCGCCGUCGUCGCCCGCGCCCGCGCCCGCUCCCGCUCCAGCGCUAGCGCUGCCGCCGCCGGCCCCGAACGCGGCGCGCGCGUAGAACGGUUCGAAGGAGCCCGCCGGCGGCAGCACCGUCGCCAGCGCGGCGUCGUCCGGGUCGUAAGUGCGCGCUCCAACCGCCAAGAGCAGCACUAGCGCAGCCCCCGCAGCCACUGGCGAUGAUUUACACUGCAUUGUGUGGUGAUACACGAAUGUCGCUAUUCUGACUUCGUUCGCUUCUCAACUCUGUAUGCUGAGGCGCAAGCUACUGCUUGCUUUCACCAAAGACCUUGCGUAACGCUUGGGUCGCCCCCGCCCUGCCGUCAGAGAAGCUUGCUUGUUGGGUAUGUCUCUGCAGCUUUAUUUCAGCGCUCUUGCUAAUGCUUGAUUUCUUUGGUCGUUCCUGAGAUUAGAAAAAAGAAAUUGAAUAAUUUCGUUUUCCAAUCAGAAUUCUUAUAACUCGUAGCUCAGAUAAGAAAGUGAGUAUUAAUUUGAGAAAAUUAUUUUCCAAUGACCGAAUAUUGUCUUUAGAUUUAUUUAUUAUCAAGAAACUCUAGCUAAACAUACGAUAAAUAACUGCAUUGUUUACAGUAUGAAUAGUUCGGUGGUUUGGUCCCCGUCGUAAACUUUAAAUUACCGCCUUUUUGCACGCGCUCUAUUGAAAAUUGUGAAAAUGAACAAGAUCCAUGGAAUUUUCAUAUUUUAUUUUCUCUGUGUGUUUCAUUGACGUAAAUAGGAAGUGCGAUUAAGUGUCAAAUGGUAUUUAUAUAUAUCGUGAAUUCUUUUUAGAUAAUAAAAUAAUGUACUGACAUAAACAUUGAUUUUUCGUAGUAAAUGUACGUAAUUUAACUGGCUAUGAUUCCAACAGAAAACCUGUAAAUGUACAUAACCUAUAUCAAUUUAAAGUAAUAUUACUUCAAAUUAUUCCUUCUGUCGUAGUUGAUUUCAGAUUUACUCACAGUAGUUUAAAAUGUCUUUAGUAGCUUAUGGGAGUAGCGAUGAGAGCGAAAAUGAGGAGGAGGAAAGUCCACAAGUUCAAAGACCUGUUCCCAAAUUAGAUUUCAAACAGCAUACUGAGCAAGAAACAAAUAAAAAACACUUGGAACCUCCAAGCACCGAAAACAUUAAAAGUGAUUCAAAAAUUAAUGAUAGUGGUAGUAUCGUUAAGUCAGGGAAUAGUGAAAAGGCCAGUGGAUUCUUCUCAUCUAUUCCACCACCAAAAACUAUUCAAGAAGUUGAUGUUUUGAAAGCUGAAGACAGACCCACAAAGAAAACCAUUGUUAAAAUCAGUGUACCUUCGCUAUCUGAAUUUAAAGAAGAUGAAUCGGAACCAACAAAAAAGAAAUUGAAGCCGUCUGCUAAAGGAUCUGGACUCUUUGCUCUUCUUCCUGCACCCAGAAAUGUGUUUUUGAAAGGGACCAAAUCAUCUGAUGGUUCAAAGACUCAGGCACCUCUUGUUCCACGUGUUGUCAGUAAACCUGUGAAAACUCCACCUGUCAUUCCAAAGCGUUUUUUGAAACCAGAUGAGGACAAUGUUGAAGAUAGCAAUGCUAACGAACCUCAAGAUUUCUUUUCCCUUGGUUCUCUCAAUGAUGUUCCUGAGGAAGUACCGUUUGAUCCAGUUGGAGAAUUAAGUAGUUCUACGUUGAAUCUGCCUCGCCCAGCUUCAUGGGGAAAUUCCACAUCAGAACCUCAGCCUUCCAGCUCUCAAGAUUCUACAGAAGAAUUUGUUUCUUUGGAUUCUCAGAAAGGGUCAGCUGAUAGUGACUUUAUCCCUGUAGACAAUGGAAACCUGCAGUUGUCAGAGGAAGCAUUGCAAAAGCUUUGCGGAAGGCGAGCCACUCGGCAGCAGCAAGAGCUAGAGGUCAUAGAUGUGAGUGGAGCUGCUUUAAUUCCUGAUCCUCAAGAGUGGUUGACAAAGCAACUCACAGAAGAAAGGCAGUUACCUGCUCGAGGAUUUGGUCACCGGCGUCAUGAUGGACCCACAUCCCAACAACGACGCAAGCAUCAAAUCACAUAUUUAGCCUUCCAGGCCAAAGAAAAUGAGUUGGAGUUAAAAAACCAAUGGUCCCAAAAUCGUAUGUCACGCAAGCAGACUCAGUCCAAAUACGGAUUCUGAUAAUCAUAAAAAAUUAAUUAUAUCAUAGUGUGUGUUUUUCUAGAUUGUUUUAUAAAAUAUGUAAAUGUUCAUUAAAUGAAUGUAUUUUCUAAUUGCUAUUUCUCUCUAUUUUUAAUUCCUCCUUAUUCUAAGGGUAUCUAUUGUUAAGGCAAACUUUACAUUCUUUUCAUUUGUAU